AUGCCCUCAAGGAAAAAUAUGGAUUGGAUCUUUCGAAUUCUGCAGAUGAGGACGUCCAAGGUGACUUACGGAGUCUACUAUGCUGAUGCGUCCUCACGAAAUGCAACAGAGACAACAACCAUUGAUAGCUUUCUUAUGACCCCUCCCUUGAAGUCAAGCUCAUUGGAGGAGUUGGCUGUUCCAGAUUUGGCGAAUGAGGCUUCUGAGCGGGAAGACGUAAACUUUGAACAAAAUGUCCUAGGAGAGCUUUCGCUGACUGAGGAGGAGUACACUGCUGUGAGUCUCUAUGUGAAGACAGACGAAAACGCUGAACCGACACGGAUCAAUGUUCCUGUCCUUGUGAAUGCAGCGAAAAGUGAGAGAAGCAACAACGUGGAGGUUUUGAGGGGUCAGGCGAGCAGAUUCGCUGCGCUCGAGCUGCCUGAGACUCGGAUACCCAACCGACGCUGUCAGAACCUCCCACGCCCCUUCUCGUGCGCGUGCGGGUCUGUCAAGGUCACUCUCUUGGCUCCUCCCGACUACGCGAUCCGCUGCCACUGCGAGACCUGUCGCGAGAUGCAUCAGGAGGCCAGCGUGGGGCUUGUCUUGUAUUUGGAUCCAGCAAACGUGGUGUGCAAAGAAGGAAACGAAAGUUUGACGGAGUACCGGUAUCACCUCGCUGUCUAA